AUGCCGGGCUCGCCUACGGGGUCGCCGCGCAUGGUUGAGCUGAUCUCCCGACUUGCGUCGCUCGGCAGGAUGGACCAGAUUGACGACGAAUUUUGCGCCGCUCAGGACGUGCCGAGCGGUGACGUGCCCGACUGGGCCGACCGGCCGCUGCGCCAUGAAAUGGGCAUCCGUGAAGAGUACAGCGAUAUGAGUGGGCGAAGAGUCCAGCUGCGCGAGUGGAUUGAAUGGAGCAUAGGACGGAGUGCGCCACGGCCACUGGGCGACUCGUCGUCGCCCGGCAUGUCCCGCAGCCGCUCCCUCCCUACACGUCUCAACAAAGGUGACGCAUCCUCCGAGACACGGCGGGGGGCGGGUUCAUUGCAGGAGAACACUGCGUGGACCUCGUCGGUUGCUAGGCCGUACACGGACGAUGUCGUCGAGCAUAUGCGGACCUGGCCUGUGGACGCCCUGCAGCACAAUACCCCGCCGCCUGGGCCGAGCCGCGUGCGUUCAGAGCUGCCGCCCUCGUAUUCCGACUCUACGGUAUCGCCACCAGCCAUGUCGCCGACGGCCAUGGGCCGCAUCUACCGCUCGGUGCGCGUAUGGCUCUCGUCGGAAACAGUCGAACUUGCGUCGCCGCCAGUGCCGGUGCGCCGGCGGCGCCGGAACCGUGUAUCGAGCGCGACGAGCACCUCGAGCCGCGACCGCACGCUGUAUGCAAUCAGCGAGGAAAGCAGCGAAAACGACGAAGACGAGCUGGCUUUUGAUAUGUACAUUACCUCGUUGGAGCACAUGCUCACUUCGCUGCAUGGACGCCGGAUCGACGACCUCUCGCCGUCGCACAAAGAGGCCAUCCGCGCAAAGCUCGAGCAGGGCCUCGACAAGUUUCCCAAGACGGACCACCCCCGCAUCGAGCCUCCGCCCCGGCGCAGCCGAGAGACGCUGGAGCUCCCAGGCGCGAACGCCAUCGGCCUGCCGGGCCUCUCGCAUGAUAUGGUCAUUACGCUUUUAAUCAAUUUGGUUGUGACGAUGAUGCGCAUCAUCCUCGUCCUUACGGCUUUUUCUUUUCGCACCCUGGGCAUUGAACAUGAAACUCCCUCUCCCCCGGCCGACCCGCGCCGCCGCCGCAUGCGCGCGCCGCCGCCGCCGCCUUCGACCCCCACGUGGAACGAGCGCGAGUACCCCGCGUUGGCCAUGCUCCUGACCAACUGGAGCAUGCUCACCGAGCCGAUGGAGGCGCUCAUACGCGCCCCAGCCGAGGCCCAGAACGCCCCUCGCGCGAUUGCCGCGCCGCCACCCGAAGGCCCGCUCGAGGACCGCUUGGUCGGCACGGCCCAGGCGUUUGCGCGCGCAGUGAAGCGCUCGCCCCUCCCCACGCAGCUCUACACGCUCGGACAGAUGGUCCUUGCGGCUGCCCGCCAUGUGGAAGCACGCUUCGGCCUGUGGCGCAAUGCCUCGCAUCUUUUUUUGCAAUGCACCGCCAAUUUGAUUCACUACAUCAAAAUUCACAACCUACAUGUGCACGGUGUGCGUGCUCUAUUUACCAUGAUCGAGUCGUUCUUCGCCGCGAUCCGCGCCUACCAAGCCGAAGCGCCACCCAGCCCCGCGUAG